AUGAAAUUACCGUCAGAAAUACUUGAUAUUAUAGCAAGCCAUGGGCUGGAUAGUUGCAAGACCUCGAUAGCUUGGUCGUAUGUUUCCUCAUACUUCAGAGAUUUGGUGAAGAAGACCGUGGGAGUUAUGCUUGUGCAGGAUGGUGGACACUCGCCUUUGGAGGAUGAGUGUGUGCGACCCGAUAUUCUGGAUUUCAGGGUGUUGCUGCACAAGAAUCGCAACAUGCUUUAUUUGAACUCAGACGAAAAUGCUACCAUUAGGUCGAUUGAAUGCUUCCUACAGAAUUUUAAAAAUAUUGUUAUUGUAAUACAAUCAGAUAGGAGCUUUAGUGACCCUCUGGCCUCAACGCUAAAUGAAAUAGCCAGACACUGUACAAGUGGUACAAAUGUAUGUAUAAUUUACUCUACAACCACAAAUUUCCUGAGUAAACUAUAUUUCAGGGAGUUUGGCAUACGAGAAGAUAAACUGGUACUGUCAGAACUACACAUUAUUGGUUCAAGUGCCCUUUCAAACAAUGCAGAUCUAUGCGAUGUGGACACCCUUUUUGAAACCACGUACAUUUAUGAGAUUGAUAAUCUGUUUUCCCUAAGCGUUAAACACCAGCACCACUCUCUUAUUGCUCCUCAGCUAACAACUAUUAAGCAGCUUAAUUAUAAUGAUUCAAUGUUAAAUAUCAAUGCUUUCCUUAACGAUUGCACAAAUCUAGAGAUGAUCGACUCCAUGAGGUUCCCUUUGAGCCCGAAUAAUGAGUCUGCAGGCCAGUACAUUUUACCUUCAUGUAAAGUCUUGCAUCUCAAUAACUUUAAUUCAGGGGUUAAAUACCCUACUAUAAAUGGAAAUAACGUCAGUCUCUAUCUAAAAAUUUCCCCAGCCAUACGACUUUCAGACCCAGAAUUUUCAAAUCUGAUUUUUGAAAACAUUAAAAAGCUCGAAAUUGACACCAAUCCCUCCAUUUGCCAUCAUGUUAGGUUCAUGAAUUGCAAGUUCCCAAAACUUAAGAAAAUAUCUUGUAACUCUUCCAUUAUAUCGUGGGAUGAUUUAAAGCAAAGUCAAGCGCCAUUGACUUCGUUGAAAAUUAAUUUAAACUCAUUUGAACAGUUGCAAUGGCUUACAAACUGCCCAUAUGAUUUGAAAAAUCUGGAUAUUACUACAUUGAAUAAAAAAAUUCUAGAUUUCAAUAACAAUACAAACCUUUAUCAAGACAUGAAAAUUGUGGCUAAAAAUGUUAAAUUUCAACUUGAUAGCAUAUGGAAAGCUUUCAUUUUACAAAAUGUUUUUCUAACAAACUACAGCUCAAUAGAGCAAUUAACAAUAUGUCUUGAUGAACAUGAACUUUAUGAGUCUAUCAACGACUGCCCCAAGAAUCUCAAAGAGCUCGGCUUCACCAAUGAUGGUGACUGUAUUCUAAUUGACAUACCAUAUAUAACACAUUUAACACUCUUUGAAACUGUGGCCCAAAAAAGUUUGUCCCAAAAUUACAGUACCCAAGCUGCUGCGACAAAAAGUCUUAAUUCUACAAAUAAUAGAAAAUUCUCUUAUGGCUCAGAUAUCAGUAACGAUUAUGGUUUUAGCAGUGACCUCGCACCGGUUAUAUCUCCAUCACUAUUUCGCUGGAAUAACGUAAUAGGUGUGAAUAACGAAAGCAUAAGAAAAAAUAGUAUAAUAUCUUUCGAUGAGCGGUACUCUUAUUCAAAACGCAGAACAUCUUCAAUGAGUACUACAUCAAUGUUCUCACGUUCUUCAUUUCCAUAUAUAAAUGAUGAGGUAAUACUGGAUGAUGCUAUUGUUUUCAAAUUUAAUGACAAAAUGCCCGAUAUAUUUACAACAGGAUUAGGGGCGCUGGAAUCCGCUUUAUUCAAUUUUGAGGAUUUGCGUGACAAACAACUAGCCAAUUUACACAUUAUUUAUCAAUUCUCACAACCAGAAGGGAUUUAUAAUGAAGGAGACGUGACUGGCAUACUAUUUGAAUCUAUAUCUCGCAUUAUUAACUAUCCCUACCAUCUUAAAUUACCAAGUAUUUUGAUAUCGAAUUUACAUAUCACCUUCAAAGUACCUACUGAAUUUGAAUUAUUUGACAGCAAAGCUUUAGAAACAGUUCAAAGCUUACUUAUCCAGUCAAAGUACAAUGUCAAAGUUGUUAACGAGCUAGAUUUUCAUGGUAACAAAUCGCACACAGAAUUAUGUUUUCAAAGGCUAUGA